AUGGAAAGUUCCCUAAAGUCUAAAUCAGCUCCAAAAUUGGAAAGGAAAUAUGUGGAGAAAAAUAGAAGGAAUCAUAUGAAGAAUCUCUAUAAUCAACUUCAUUCCGUGCUUCCUACUCAUGUCACUACCUCUAAGGAAACAAGAAUGGCAUUGCCAAAUCAAAUAGAUGCAGCAGUGAAUCACAUAGAAAGCUUGGAAAUGAAUUUGAAGAAGAGCAAGAAAGACUUGGAAGUAUUGAAAUUGGGCCUAAAGAGAGCCCAAUCACUCAAUGCAACUAAUGAGGCCGACCCAAGCACAAAGUCAACCGCUCAGAUCGAAUUUCAUGAAAUGGGCCCAAAUAUGAUUGUGGUUUUAAUAACUGGCCUUUAUAAUAUAGCCACUUUUAAUAACAUCAUUCGAUUAUGUUAUGAGGAAGGUGUAGAAGUUUUGUCUACCAACUUUAAACUCAAUGGAAACUCUACACUGCAGAUUUCUCUAGAAACUAAGGUGCAUACCAAUAGAAGUUCAACAAUGGAAUUUAGAGCCACAACUUUGUGUGAUAAGAUAAAGGAGUUGAUUUAUGGACCAUCUUGCAAUAAUGAUAUAGAACCACAACAACAUUUAUGGGACUACAAAAUUGAAUUCGAUGCAGUGGAAUUAUUACCAACAAUAAGUCAAAAUCCAAACAUGUAUAAUUACAUGCAAAAUAUUUAUGAAACUCCUAGUUUUUUCUAAGCUAAAGUAGUUUUUCAUUUGGACAUGGAAAUAAUUGAGAUAAUGUAAAAUUUCAUCUCCUAGUUUAGUAUCUUUAUUUAAGCAUAUUUUGUUUGUUGUCAGCCAAUUCUUUGGUUUUAGGAUUACAUAA